AGCUCGAUGCGCAUGCCCGGUGCUGGCACGGCUCUCCGGGUCACACACACAACACGGGGAGGAUGCAGAGUCCCGGGCGGCUGCAGUGAGCAGAGACAGCUGUGCCCGGGAACGGUGACCCGGAUCGGCGCUGGCGGCGCUCCGGGAUAUGUGGCUCCUUUACCUCCUGCUGGGCUCUGUGGAUGGUCAGCUGUUACCUGGGAAUAACCAGACCACAGAAUGUAACAUCCCCGGGAACUUCAUGUGCAACGAUGGCAUGUGCAUACCAGGCGGAUGGGAGUGCGACGGGCUGACUGACUGCUUCGAUGGGAGUGACGAAGAGGAAUGUCGUGGGAAAGUCAGGAGACCGUCUUCUCUGCUCACAGCUAAAGCCAAUUCCAAGUGCGGCGCGACGUUCUUCCCAUGUGCCAGCGGGGUCCACUGCAUCAUCGGGCGCUUCCAGUGCAAUGGACUCGAGGACUGUCCGGACGGCAGCGACGAGGAGAACUGCACUGCUCACCCGCUGCUCUGCUCGACGUCUCGAUUCCACUGCAAGAACAAGCUGUGUAUAGACAAGAGCUUUGUCUGCGACGGGGAGAAUAACUGCAAGGACAAUAGCGACGAGGAGAAUUGUCCAAGCUCGCAAGAGAGCAGCAGCAAGAAGGAGUUUGUGUCCUCGGAAAGUCAUCUCCUAUAUUACCCGAGUAUUACUUACACCAUCAUCGGCAGCUCGGUCAUCUUCGUUCUGGUGGUGGCACUGCUGGCUCUGGUCUUGCACCAUCAAAGGAAACGCACAAGCCUGAUGAGUCUUCCGGUGCACCGGCUGCAGCACCCGCUACUGCUGUCCAGGCUGGUGGUUCUGGACCACCCGCACAACUGCAGGGUCACCUACAACGGGGUGCAGUACAUGUCCAGCGAGGGGUACCAGCCGCCAGUCAGUAUUGAGUCUCCGCCAUCCUAUAGUGAGGCCGUGCUGGACCACAACUCCCCUCCACCUUGGUUCUCUCUGCCUCCUCCUCCAUAUCCCUCCGACAUGGAAUACAGCCAGACGGAGCUGCUUCCGUACCGCCCCAGAACAGCUAGCGUAAACAGCGCUGGUUCCGCAGGAAACACUCUGGACACUUCCAGCAGCCAUUGGGAUUCCGCCAGCCCUGCCGAAUUGCCGGAACCGGUCGAAACAGCCGGCGAGGCUGAACUGAGCACAGUGCUGGAGGUCUAAGUUACUGAACAGAUUCUGUUAAGCUAAGUUUACACAGGCUUCACGGGGAGCUGGGUUUGCAUUCCCGAUGCUCGCAGAGGACUUCCUGGACCCACAGGGUGUAUUGAGACAUAUAUUACAGAUUACACAGACGAGUACUCAGUAAAGAAUCUGCUUUGCUGUGCUCGCGGGAACAGCAUCUGCUGCACCCGACAGAAUUCAACCAUGUAGUAUCCGUUUUAUGAGCGGUUCCCCACAGCACCCAUGUGUACCCAGACUUCAUCUGCCAUGGGUUGGUCUGUAGUAUCUUGUUACCAGCAAAUAUUCCUCAUAUUUUUAUAGAAUCCAGAUGUAUAUUUUUUUAGAUUCAUUUUUUGUCCUUCUUUGUAUUUUAUAUUGUUGGAGGGUUUUUUUUUUGUUACCACGUAUUCUUCCUGAAGCAAUAAGGCACUUAAAACAUAUUAGGACAGAUCAUUGACUUUGCCCUCUUGUCUGUUUAGCGACCGCUGAGUAUGGG